GCCCUCGUACUCCGCCGAUUGGGGUGACUAUGUCUCCUUCGCAGCCCGCAUGCGUGAACAUGCAGAAUCGCAGGGCUUCGAUCUACUGGUAAUCGAUACCGGUGACAGGGUAGAAGGAAAUGGGCUCUAUGACGCGUCGGAACCCAAAGGCAUCCAUCUCUCCGAGAUCUUGCGACAGCAACACAUUGACCUCAUAUCGGCGGGGAACCAUGAACUGUACAAACAGUCGACAUCGGAGGCGGAGUUUUUCACCACUGUCCCCCAUUUUGCUGGUAACUACUUGGCGUCGAAUAUCGAUAUCCUGCACCCAGUCACCAAUAAUUUUAUGCCCUUGGGUCUUCGCUACAAAAAGCUGGUCACGGAGAAACAAGGCAUUCGAAUUGCAGCCUUUGGGUUCCUGUUUGACUUCACAAUGAAUGCCAACAACACCCGUGUCCAGCGCGUGGAGGACACAAUCAAGCAGGCUUGGUUCCAGGAAGCCAUCAGAGACAAAGAGGUAGAUCUUUUCCUGGUGAUCGGACAUGCACCUGUACGCUCAAUCGAGUACGAUGCUAUCUAUCGGGAGAUUCGGGGCAUUCGGUGGGACACACCGAUUCAAUUCUUCGGGGGGCAUUACCACAUCCGGGAUUAUGUCCGGUAUGAUUCGAAAGCAUACGGUUUGGCAAGCGGCCGGUUCAUGGAAACCAUCGGCUUCAUGUCUAUCGAUGGUCUCUCCACUGGCCGCCGGCAGUUAAAGCCUGCUUUGGCAGCGCCUCGGUUUAAUCGAAAGUAUAUUGAUAACAACCUCCUAUCUUUCUAUCAUCACACCAGCCGCGAUGAAGAAUCAUUUCCUACGGAGCACGGCCGAAAUGUAUCCCUACUUAUCCAGCAGUCCCGGACCGAUCUUCAACUGGACCAAGUAUUCGGCUGUGCCCCCCGCGAUCUCUGGAUGUUUCGAGCAAAGUAUCCCGGUGAUGAUAAUAUCUAUACCUGGCUGGAGAAAGAAGUGCUCCCCGAGUCGCUAACUGAUGUUUCUCGUGCUGGAACGCCGGCCCUCGUGGUUGUCAACACUGGAGCUAUUCGCUUCGAUAUAUUUAAGGGACCUUUUACACAAGACACUACUUACAUUGUUUCCCCUUUCACGAGUGGUUUCCGUUAUGUGAAAGAUAUUCCAUAUGACAAAGCCAAAUUUCUUGUUGAAGUACUCAACAGGCAGCAUGAAAUUUUGGCCGAUGCCCGUCACCCUGCGGGCUGGCAGCUUACCCCCCCGGAGCAGUCGGCGCCCACUCUUGAUUUCACUGAGAAGGGUGAUCUUGCUCUCAGCAUUCGGCCAGAUGCCGGCUUCCUUGCCAAUCAAGCUUCCCUUAUGAGUGGCGGCUAUGCCGAACCCAAUCUUUUCCCUGGGUAUACCACCACCGAUGACGGAGGCAAGGACGGCGAUGACACAGUCCACUCGCCCAUCACCUAUUAUAGCGUACCCAGUUGCAUUCAGGCUCUGGCUUCUAAUUCAUCCGGAACCCCGGAAACCGUAGACCUUGUCUACAUCGACUUCAUUGAGCCCUAUGUUGCUUUUGCAGCGAAAUUUUCAAGGAUAGCUGUUGAUUUUUCGCGGGACAGCGAUGUCUACAUGCCAAAUGCAACCCUAACAAGUCUGAUAUCGGACUGGGUGAAAGGUCAUUGGACCUGCGGUGAGGCAUGAUCUGCACUUUAGACCCCCUUAAAGUUCGCUUUCAGUUUCCGAUGAGCAUGCACGUGUAGAUCGUGCGAUCAAGAACUCUAUUACCUUAGAACCUCGAACAUAUGACCUGGACCUGACACGGAGCUUUGCUCUAUGCAGGGAGGGAAUGGCAACUCGAAUCGAGUGAGUUCCAGAUCUUGCUUAGCCGGGUGUACGGGGCUUACAGUAG